AUGCAUUUGAGUGAGAACGAAGGUGUCGAAGGCAACACCUUCGUCGUCACCGGUGGCCUUGGCUUCGUCGGCGCCGCCCUCUGCUUGGAGCUUGUCCGCCGUGGUGCUCGCCAAGUCCGCUCUUUCGACCUCCGUCACUCCUCUCCUUGGUCCGAUCAGCUCCGAAUCAGUGGCGUUCGCUGCAUCCAAGGUGAUGUCACUAAGAAACAAGAUUUGGAAAAGGCUCUAGAUGGUGCGGACUGUGUUUUGCAUCUUGCUUCCUAUGGCAUGUCUGGGAAAGAGAUGCUUCAGUUUGGGCGUUGCGACGAGGUUAACAUCAACGGGACCUGUAAUGUCUUGGAAGCUGUCUUCAAACACGAGAUCACAAGACUUGUCUAUGUUAGUACUUACAACGUUGUCUUUGGUGGUAAGGAGAUUAACAACGGCAAUGAAUCUUUGCCUUAUUUCCCUCUUGAUGAUCAUGUCGACGCCUAUGGUCGAACUAAAUCCAUUGCAGAACAGUUGGUCUUCAAGAGUAAUGGCCGACCAUUUAAGAAUGGGAGCAAGAAGUUGUACACUUGUGCAAUCCGUCCAGCAGCUAUAUAUGGACCCGGGGAAGACAGACAUCUUCCUAGGAUAGUUAAUCUAGCAAAGCUGGGUUUGCUGUUGUUCAAGACCGGUGAACCGAAUGUGAAAACAGACUGGAUUUAUGUUGAGAAUCUUGUCCUAGCAAUCAUCCUGGCAAGCAUGGGACUCUUGGACAACAUUCCUGGCAGACAAGGAGUGCCCGUCGCUGCUGGCCAACCAUAUUUUGUCUCUGAUGGUUCCCCGGUGAAUACAUUUGAGUUUCUACGUCCCUUCCUUAGAAGUUUAGACUGUGACCUGCCCAAGUUUACAAUAUCUGUACCUGUUGCGCUGUCCUUGGGUAAGAUCUUCCAAGGUAUCUACACUGUCCUAUAUCCAUGGCUAUCAAAGAGCUGGUUACCACAGCCCCUUAUUCUUCCUGCUGAAGUCUACAAGGUCGGUGUUACCCAUUAUUUUUCAUAUCUCAAAGCCAAGGAAGAGCUUGGGUAUGUUCCAUUCAAGAGCUCCCGGGAGGGUAUGGCUGAAACAAUCUCAUACUGGCAGGAGAGGAAACGGAGAUCUUUAGACGGUCCAACCAUAUUCACUUGGAUAGCUGUUGUACUAGGAAUGUCAGCUCUUUUUGCUGCCGGAUGGUUACCUGACAUUGGACCUGUGCCUUUCUUGAGAGCCCUUAGCCUCUUCGUCUUCCGGACAAUCACAAUUAUAAAGGUUGUCUUCAUUGUAUCAGUAGGAUUACAUGUUGCAGAAGGAAUCUAUGCAUUGUCUUUGGCUAAACGAGUAGACCCAGACAAUGCAAUGGGGUGGUUCUGGCAAACCUGCGCCCUCGGGUUUUUCUCAAUGCGGUUUUUGUUGAAGAGAGCCAGAGACCAUCAGGUUUAA